AGGAGAUAAAAAAAAAAAAACCCCUAAAUUUCGUCAAUUUCGGCGCUUCAGAUUUUGUUGUCAAAAGAUUUUGAUUGAUUUUGAUUAAAUGGGCGAUCUUGCUGUGUCCGUGGCAGACAUCAGGAUGGAGAAUGAGCCUGAUGACUUGGCUAGUGAUAAUGUUGCUGAGAUUGAUGUGAGUGAUGAAGAGAUUGAUGCUGAAGAACUUGAGAAACGGAUGUGGAAAGAUCGUGUUAAGCUUAAAAGAAUCAAGGAGCAACAGAAAGUUGGCUCUCAGGGAGCUCAAACGAAGGAGACACCCAAGAAAAUCUCGGAUCAAGCUCAGAGGAAGAAAAUGUCUAGAGCUCAAGAUGGUAUACUUAAGUACAUGUUGAAGCUUAUGGAAGUCUGCAAAGUUCGCGGAUUUGUCUAUGGUAUAAUACCGGAAAAGGGAAAGCCUGUGAGCGGUUCCUCUGACAAUAUAAGAGCUUGGUGGAAAGAGAAAGUGAAGUUUGAUAAGAACGGGCCAGCCGCGAUUGCUAAAUACGAAGAGGAGUGUUUAGCUUUUGGUAAAUCCGAUGGGAAUAGGAAUUCGCAGUUUGUUCUCCAGGACCUGCAAGAUGCAACUUUAGGGUCUCUGUUAUCUUCUUUGAUGCAACAUUGCGAUCCUCCUCAAAGGAAGUAUCCGCUGGAAAAAGGGACUCCUCCGCCUUGGUGGCCAACCGGGAAUGAAGAAUGGUGGGUGAAACUCGGUCUGCCCAAAAGCCAGAGUCCUCCUUACAGAAAACCGCACGAUCUCAAGAAGAUGUGGAAGGUUGGAGUUUUAACGGCAGUGAUCAAUCAUAUGUUGCCUGAUAUUGCAAAGAUUAAGAGGCAUGUUCGCCAGUCGAAAUGUUUACAGGACAAGAUGACUGCUAAAGAGAGUGCGAUUUGGUUGGCGGUUUUGAACCAAGAGGAAUCCCUGAUUCAGCAGCCUAGCAGUGACAAUGGAAACUCCAAUGUAACCGAGGCACAUCGAAGGGGUAAUAACGCUGACAGGAGGAAACCUGUGAUCAACAGUGACAGUGACUAUGAUGUUGAUGGGACAGAGGAUGCUUCAGGUUCAGUUUCAUCUAAAGACAGUAGAAGAAAUCAGACUCAAAAAGAACAACCAACAGCCAUAUCACAUUCAGUAAGAGAUCAAGAUAAAACAGAGAAACAUCGCAGAAGGAAAAGACCCCGAAUCAGAUCCGAAACUGUCAAUCGACAAGAGGAAGAACAACCUGAAGCUGAACAAAGAAACAUCUUACCUGAUAUGAAUCAUGUUGAUGCCCCUCUGCUAGAAUAUAACAUCAACGGUACUCAUCACGAGGAAGAUGUUGUAGACCCAAACAUAGCCUUAGGACCAGAGGAGAAUGGUCUGGAAUUAGUGGUUCCUGAGUUCCAUAACAACUAUACUUAUCUUCCACCUGUUAAUGGACAAGAUAUGAUGCCUGUAGACGAAAGGCCAAUGCUUUAUGGACCAAAUCCUAACCAUGAGCUGCAAUUUGGGUCAGGUUACAACUUCUACAAUCCCUCUGCAGUGUUUGUGCAUAAUCAGGAAGACGACAUUCUCCAUCCACAGAUAGAAAUGAAUGCACAAGCACCACCUCACAACAGCGGGUUCGAGGCCCCAGGAGGAGUACUUCAACCCCUUGUUUUACUCGGAAAUGAAGGCGGCUUAGCAGGGAGUGAGUUGCCUCCUGAGUAUCCGAGUGACAUUAUGUCUCCAUUUAAUGACCUGUCGUUUGAUUAUGGUAUUGAUGAUUUCUCAUGGUUUGGAGCUUAGUGUCUUGCCAUUUUUUUUGGGAGGUUACAUGGUUCAAAAGGACAUGGCAAUAGUCUGGCUAGUACAGUUACAUUCUCUUCUUCAGGUCUUCUGAUCUUAAUUCUUCCUGUUUUUUUUUUCUUUUCUUAUAAUAUAUUCUUAGAUUUGUUAAGAGAAACAAUUUUCCUUUUGAAUAAGUUGCCAGAAAAACUGCUUUGCCCGUGUAAUGGUCUCUAGGGAAAGCAGUUAGUGUAUCAUCAUUUGUAAAUUAACCUGUGAGUAAAUUCAUCAAGUUAAG